UCUUGCGAGUCGAACGCACGCAUCGAUUGUGUCAAUCGAAAAUAUUUUAAUUGGAUAUUAAUAACACUUUUAAGUGGGUUACGUUGGUACCACCAAUAUAGGCUUUGUUUAUACAUUGCCGACUGUUCAAACGUUGCGUGUAUUUCAGUGGUUCGAGUGAUCUAAUUUGUGGAAUUUUGUUAAUUAGUGUUAGAGAUUUAGAUAAGCUUGAGAAAAAUCUUCGGAUUUAUGACUUGUUAGUGAAUGAGACAGUGAGAUGGGUGCAGUGAAGAGUAAGCUUGCGUCCUGUUGCGCGGAUAGGUGUGGAUGCUGUGGAUUUCGGAGGUCUGACUCUUACGAUCUGAAAGAUCUCCCGCGACCUCCGCAAUUGGAUUCAUCUAACAAUGUCAUCGACGGAACGAGACAAGGCGUCCUCGCAGUGCAAAGUAUCGACUUUUGCGUCGAUACUAACGGGGAAAAUCACCACACGAAUAAAUUCAAUCUCAUGUCAAGAGACGUUGACAAGUGUCUCGUUGUGAGACGAGGUCAGGCCUUCAAAUUGGAUAUUCUGUUGAACCGGCCGUACGACGCUAACAGAGACGCUAUUUCCUUCAUCUUCUAUGUGUCAGAUGUGGAGAAACGUGGGCCAUCUGAUGAUACGUCGGCAGCUGUACCCAUGCUGGAGAAGGGAACGGAAACCUUGGGUGCAUGGAAUGCUGUGUACGAAGGUCAAAUGGAUUCCCAUCUGAUGGUGGCAGUGACCCCGGCUGCAGACUGUAUUGUUGCUGCUUGGCGAAUUGAUGUAGAUACCAAAUUGAGUGGAGGUGGAUCUCUCAGUUACACGCACCCACUGCCAAUUUAUGUGCUAUUCAAUCCGUGGUGUUUGAAUGAUAGCGUUUAUAUGCCAGGUCACAGUCAUCGAGAGGAAUAUGUACAGGAUGACGGUGGACUUAUGUUCAGAGGAGUGUACAACAGAAUCAAGCCCACGCCUUGGAAUUAUGCGCAAUACGAGAAGGAUAUAUUGGAAUGUGCGUUAUAUCUAGUCAGAGAGAUCGGAAAGGUUAAGGGUAAAGCGAGAGGCGAUCCCAUCAGAACAGUGCGAGCAUUGUCCGCAGCGGUCAAUGUCCAAGACGACAAUGGCAUCUUGUUCGGUAACUGGGGCACGGAGCUGAGUGACUACAGCGGAGGCACACAUCCUCUCAAAUGGGUUGGAUCUUUGGCCAUCCUGCAGAAGUACUACGAUAAGAAGAAGCCGGUGAAAUACGCGCAGUGUUGGGUGUACGCGGGCGUUUUGACGACAAUAUGCAGAGCUUUAGGUAUUCCAUGCAGACCGGUCACGGGCUAUGACGCGGCGCACGACAGCCAGGGCAGUCUGACCAUCGACAUCAUCAAGGACGAGAACGGCAACACCCUGGAAGAGUUCAGCAGAGACUCCGUGUGGAACUACCACGUUUGGAACGAGGUAUGGAUGGACCGGCCCGACCUAGGCACGGAGUACAGCGGCUGGCAAGCCAUAGACUCAACACCCCAGGAGACGUCAGAGGACGUGUAUCGCUGCGGACCAGCCUCGCUGCGCGCUGUCAGAGACGGAGAUUUGCAGAGACCGUACGAUGCUUCAUAUGUCUUCGCGCAAGUUAACGCCGAUAAGGUGUUGUGGAAAUAUUCCGGUGAAAUCCAACCAUUAAAACUUUUAGCACGUGAUACAGCAUCAAUUGGACAAAACAUUUCGACAAAAGCAAUUGGCCGAAUGGAGCGAGAGGACAUUACGAAUCUGUAUAAAUACCCCGAACGAACGCGUGAAGAACGUGACACGAUGGAGAAAGCACUUCGAAAGUCCGAGAGCAUCUUUGCUAGAUAUUACCUUAACGACGCCUUCAAUGAAGUCACCUUUGAUUUCGAACUUAGAGACGAUAUUAAAAUUGGCCAGGACUUUAAUGUGGUUCUGCAUAUAAGGAAUCGAUCCUCAAUCAACCAACAUCACGUAAAGGGAGUGUUGCGGGUGGACACUGUAACGUACACAGGAGUGACAGGUGACGGAGUCAAGAGAUACGAGUUCGACAACAUCUUAGCACCGGAGGCGAAAGAGAAUAUAACGCUGAACGUCACCUUCGACGAUUACUACAAGAAACUAGUGGAUCAAGCAUCCUUCAACAUAGCGUGCUUAGCAACGAUCGUGGAGAAUAACUUCGAUUACUUCGCACAAGAUGACUUCCGAGUACGGAACCCCGAUAUCAAGAUAUCCAUUGACGGCAAACCAACCUCACGGCAAGAGUGCACGGUACUUGUGAAAGUCGAGAAUCCUCUGCCUAUACCGCUGAAGAACGGCAAGUUUUAUGUCCAAGGGACGGGACUGGAGAAACAGUUGAAAAUUGAGCUUCAUGAGAACGUAGCUCCCGGUGCCGUUGCAGAAGCGCAGUUUAAGCUCACUCCACCCUGGGCCGGUCGGUUCCAAAUCUCAGCCAAAUUCACCUCCAAGGAAAUGCAAGACGUCGACGGCUUCCAUACCUUCAUGGUCAAAACUAUGGAGACAAAUGGUAUCCCAUUAAUAGAUGCGAAUGAAACGCGGCAAAUAUAAAUUUAGAAUUCUAGUUGUGCAUCUAAUAAUUAUCAGGAACUGAACCUUUGUAUUGGCGGUAGCGUGCAAGCAUAUUCACUGCCAAUCUACUUAUUUGUUUAUUUACAUUUUUUGGUUUAAGAUAAUACUUAAAAAUAUAAAGUACCUAUAACACUAGGCAUCUAUUACAAUAUAAUAAAAUGGGUGCUAAAUUUGCGGAGCCAAGGCUUAGAUAAUCCCAAGUAACCAGAGUUCAGGUGCUCCAGAAUCUUAAGGUGAGGAAACUUCUCACAACUUCGGCCGAUUAAGAAACAUUAAUGUGCGUAAAUCUAGUAAAUGAACAAUUUAUUUGAUAAAGCUUAAAAUGCAAAGAAAAUAUUUAAGCGCCUGUAUAAAUUUUUACCUCAAUUAUUCACAAAAUAGCAAUUGAUAGUGUUAAAAUUUUGUGAAUUUCUAUUGAUUUUAGACAAAUGUAAACGUAAAGCUUAUCCGUUAUUUGUACGUCUACUUAUUAUAAGGUUCUAUUCGCAUUGUAUCAAUUACGAUGAGGGAAAUCGCAAGAUUUUUUUACCAGUAAUAUUGUGAUUUGGUAUGUGAACAACGUUCCAAAUUGGAGAUAUCCUUGGAUUGCACCAAAUCUUAUGUACAACUUGGCACACUACGGAUCAAGUAUUCUCAUAUUCUAAUCGUAACCAUAAAUGAUGAUGCAGUGCGAAAAGGGUCUAUAUCUAGACUGACUGACAAUCCUGAGCACGCUACUAUGGAAUUACUUUUUAUGUUUCAACUUUUAUGUAUUUAUAGUGUUGUUCAUGAGAUUAUAUUGUAAGAUUUUGUGUGUGUAUAAUAUUCGUGCUAUUUUUGGUUUAAGAGCUUUAGUAACAAAUAUAUGUGUUUGCAAACAGUUAGUAUUAAAGUUGAUUAGUGGUUGAAUUAUUGAUGAAGGAAUUAAUCAUUCGUGUAAAAAUAUUUCACCGAAGAAAUCUCUUGUAUGCUUUUUUUAUAUGAUAAAAUGAGUUUGUAAUGAAAAAAAAGAUAGUAAUAAUUAAGAUAAGAGUACCCAUUAAGUACUGUUUGUGUGUAAAAUGUUAAUAAUAUUAAUGUUAGCUAGUUUUUCGCAAAUCAAUUAUAUUUAACUAGGAAUUAUGAAGCGUAUAACGAACUUUCGUAAAAUAACGUCAUAGUACUAACCUACUUUUAUUCAAUAAUACGAGUAGGUAUAUACAGAAUAUACAAUUUGUAAAUGCAAAAUACUAAAUAUAGAUAUUAUGAUUCUCGAAUAUAGAGUAGAUAAGUAUUUAAGUCCUACGUUGUAAUAAGCUCUUGUAUAAGUACUCGUAAUUGCAUAUAAAUAAAAUAAGUCAAAUAAAAAUGUCUAUGUCAAAUAGUUUUAUCAAUACAUUGUUUAAAUGUAAAUACUUUAUAUUAAAGAUAUAAUUUAAUA